UCAAUACAUGUAUUUAGUACGCAUUCAGUAAGCACGAAAUACACUUUACACGAAUUAAGCAAGCCUUGAAACAUCUGAACAGAACUUAUUUGUUCUCAUUUUGAAAUUUACGCCAGAAAAAAGAUGAUCGAUCGAAGAUUGUUUUAUUUGUUGUUGAUUGGAUUAGUCAAUAUACAAUAUUUUGCAAGUAUUGAAGCAUGUGGAUAUUGUGGAUGUAGACAAUUGAAGCAGGAAUCACUGGUAUCUUCACCAGUUUCAUCUCCUGAAUCAUCGUCCAGAGGUUCUUGGGUGCCACUGAUGUCACUGAUUUAUGAUUCAGAUGAAGAAUCGGUUACAUCAUACACAAAAGCACCAAUAACAAUGGAUGGAAAUGAAAUCUCAGUGUCGGCAGUCAAAGCACCUUCUACAUCAUCCAAGAAGGAUGAAAAAUCAUAAAUUCACUAUGCCAAAUUCGAUUUAUGGAUAACUUUCUCAGCAAAAUUUUAAAAAUAGUUGAAAAAUAUCAUAUUCUAAUACAUUUCCUUCUAAUCGAUGACGAAAUGCUCUUAAGUUGUUAGUCGUCAUUUCUGUUUCACUUCAAAUGUGUUCCUAGGUCAUUGGGUGUUACUAUGUGUUAGACACAUGUGUAAUAUUUUCAUCGAUGACUAGCAACAAGAUGUAAUUCCCAAUGGGUCGAAAUUUCACAUUUGAAAUUGAAUUCAGUUUAGGUAUAUGUAUGUUCAAUGAUUGGAAUCAAUCUGAAUAAAGUAAUUAAUAAAUCGGGUA